CAAAAACAAUCUUUAAAAAUGCCACCAAAUUUUAUAUGUUAACUAACCUAAAAGACAACCAAUUUGUAUUGUUGCUUCACAUAUCAAUAAAGCUACACCUUUGGAUAAUCACACACACACCCCAUUAACCAUCGAUCGUGACAUCAUUAAUCAUUAACAAGGCGAUAGCGAUAUAAUACCCUCUGUUCUGUACACCUCUCUUAAAAAAGAAUAAUAAUAUCUCUUACCCAGAUGCUGCUCAUGUAGAAGAAUGUUGUACUUGUAGGUGUGGCCGCCAUGGAUGCUUCAAGAACCUCUUCUAUGUGCUUCGGUAUGGAAUCUUUAGGGCUUGAAAGCGACAUCGCAGGCGCAAAAACGUAUUGUAAUCUAGGACUCAAACAAACAUCUAAGCAAAACCGAGGAAGCCCAAAAGUUUUAUCACUUCUUUCUUCAAUUCUCGAGAGGUGUGUCCAAAUGAAUGAGUCAUUACUCGAUAAGACACAGACUAAAGAUGUUAUUACGGUUUUUCAUGGUUCAAGAGCACCGGCACUUAGCAUUAAAGAGUAUGUUGAUAGAAUUUUCAAGUAUUCGCAUUGCAGCCCCUCGUGUUUUGUUGUCGCACACGUUUACAUGGAUCGGUUUAUUCAGUGUGGAAAUGUUAAUUUGACUUCUCUUAGUGUUCAUCGACUUCUCAUCACUAGUAUAAUGCUUGCUGCCAAGUUCAUUGACGACGCAUUCUACAACAACGCGUAUUAUGCGAAAGUGGGAGGGGUAACAACAGCAGAACUAAACAGAUUGGAGAUGAAAUUCCUAUUUGGCCUGGACUUUCGACUCCACGUCAGCCUUCGGACGUUUGGCAGAUACUGUUCCCAGUUGGAAAAUCAAGGUUCAUGUGAGCUGCAAAUGGAAAGACCGCCACGGGUGAUUCACGCCCCAUGUGGACUCAAGGAUACCUGGUCCAACAGUGAAGACGCGAGUACUUACACCACAACAAAGAUUCAUACCGUAUAAGUAGAGUUUAUGUUUGCAAACGUUUUAGCGACUGCUUUUAGUUGAUGAUGUUGAUUGUAUUAAAAGUAGAGUAGAUUCUAGAAAUAAGAUUCGUUUCCACAUUGAACUGAAGAUUUGAUUUUGUUGUAUGUUCUGUGAGUAAUGAAACGUCGAAGAUUUUUGUUGUUGCUCA